GAGAGCAUGAAGGCCAACGGCCCGACACCCCCAGCCCGCGGCCCUCGGUGAUCCCUCGGAAGUCCCAGUACCUUGGUGGAGGAUUCGAUGAGCCUCUCCUCUUCCUUCAGGGAUGUGAUGACGGGGACGUUGCACACAGGCUGCCCAGUUUCCCCAGGAUCAGAGAAAAGGAGCUCACUAAAGGCUAGGCAGCUGCCAACAGAGGAAGACAAAUCCAAGCUAAUCUAUUCUUUUCCAACAAAGCAAUUGCUUUGAGCCCCUGGAUGACGUCAGCUCAGAUUCCACCGGCUCAGAUUCCGCCCAGGCCAAUGGGUUCCAGGAAUCCUGUGGCAGGUGACGCCCCAGAAAGUAACUCCGGUGAGAAUGAAGUUUCCACUGAGAGCCUCAAUGCUCUUCCUUCCGGACUUUGUGUGUGGAUAUUUGGGGAUGCUAGGGGCGUAUCCGUGUCACACUCGGCGAAGCGAAUGGCAACCCAAGACGAAUAAAGGACAAACAACCACGGCGGUGUUACAAGGUGGGGUCCUAAGGAAAGAAGGUCCCAGAAAUUCGUCAUACUGGGGAUGGCGAGGGGAGGAGCCGAUCUUGGUUAGAAAGGGCGGAUCUAGCAGAAACCCAAGGUGUAAAUCUUAUGCUUUAUCCAAAGGGUCUGGGGAAAUUCAUCGAGACCCAACCUCUCCGUGGCCUUUGUAGAGUCUUCCCCAGCCCGUACCCUUCCCUACUAUCGAGAAACCGAGACCGGUUCUGACACCCACCCCCAGGGCAGGAUUUCAGCCCUCCACCUCCCUUCGCCGUCCCACGCCUUUUCCCCAGGACUGGGAGGGACUCUCUUUGCUCAGCCCAGGACCCGUCCAUCCCUUCCCCUAGGGCAUGGGCCGGCUCGGCUCUCACCCUCCCAGGUGGCGCCUCUCCUCUCAGCUGGGUUGCAAGUCGACACCGUGCCGCCCCUAGACUGUGUCCGCCUGCCCUCCAGCAAUCCCGGGCCUUAAACUCCCAUCCUCUACCCGCGGACUCCGCCCCAAGCCAGCGGGAGCCUGAGACUAUAAGGCGGGGCAGGCCCAGCACCCAAUCAGGGCGGAGGGAGGAGCCCCUGAGAGAAUCCCGCGGUGAGCGCACAGCUACUUCCGGCAGCCUUUCCGGCGCAAAGGCCUCUGGGUCUUGUAGGCAGCUGUCUCUCCUCUCAGGCCUCUGUUUCCCAGCAGGCUCUGCGGGUGUACGGGCUUACGAUGUCGGGAAGUGAUGUUAGGCGUAAACAGGUCCUGUAGCCGUGGCCGCUGCUGAGGCUGGCGAGCAGGGCGCCGGCUGCCACUGACCGGAGAGAGAAGCUGCCUGCCGACGUCAGCCUGGGUCGCAGCCGCCGCCGCCGGGGUAAACAGCUAAACUCUGUGCUCCUCCAGGGCGGGCACCAUGUUGUACUCAUCUUUACCCCCAGCAUCUAGCAGUGUUGGCAUGUAGUAGGCCCUCAAGAAAUGUGUGUUGAAUGAACGAUGCCUGUGACAAGCAACUGGACUUUAUUCUUUCCUGACCCUUGCUCCUAUGACACACCUCUUCCUGGCUGACACUGUUACCCCUUCAGAGCAGGACUGCUUCUCUAGGGAAGCUGGAAAGGAAACAGCCAUGGCCAAGGACAUCCUGGGUGAAGCAGGGCUGCACUUUGAUGAGCUGAACAAGCUGCGGGUGUUGGACCCAGAGGUUACCCAGCAGACCAUAGAGCUAAGGGAAGAGUGCAAGGACUUUGUGGACAAAAUUGGCCAGUUUCAGAAAAUAGUUGGUGGUUUAAUUGAGCUUGUUGACCAACUUGCAAAAGAAGCAGAAAAUGAGAAGAUGAAGGCCAUUGGUGCUCGGAACUUGCUCAAAUCUAUAGCAAAACAGAGAGAAGCCCAACAGCAGCAACUCCAGGCACUAAUAGCUGAAAAGAAAAUGCAGCUUGAAAGGUAUCGGGUUGAAUACGAAGCUCUGUGUAAAGUAGAAGCAGAACAAAAUGAAUUUAUUGACCAAUUUAUUUUUCAGAAAUGAACUGAAAAUUUCAUUUUCUAGCAGGAGGGCAAAACAAAAAACCCCACAACCCCCAAAACAAAAAAACCUCUGUACCAAUCCAGUGACUUGACCAAUGACCCAAAUGUGUUGUGUGAGAUGGUGUGUGAGGAAUGCAGCAUCUCUGAAGGCAAUAAAACAAAUCUGGGGGAGCUUGUUUCAGACGUCAGUGCCUAUCUGCAGGCGAACACCCAGUGGCCAUUGUGGUCCAGGUUCUCACCUCUUGCAUUCUCAGUCUGAACUGAGCGGCCUAUAAACUUUUUUUGUAAAUUCACAAAGCUUUGGAAGGAAAAGCAAUAAAUUAUUAUUUUCAAA